CAUUUGUUUGUGCCUGUAAGAAACUGUCUACCAAGUUAGUCCGUUAACAUUUGCGAUUAGCCAUACUCACUAGUAUUGGGGGCAGCGCGAUGAGUCCGUGAGGGAGUAAAGGCCUGUCAAUGUUAACGUUAUGUGAACGCUUGAGGUUCUUGGGGCCGAGGCCCAGAACGACGCAAUGUUUUAUUUUAAUUGUCAUAUUGCCCCGGGAGGAUUUAAGUUAACUAGUUAGCCAACUAAUAAACGCCGUUCAAAACAUUGUUGGUAAUUUCUUGAAAGUUUUUAUUGUUCUAGAAAUUUAACUAGUACUGGCUCUGUCAUUGACUUAGUAAGCCGAUGACUAGCUAACUAGUGUUAGCGUGUUAUUGUGAUCUAGCUAUUAACUAAUACAAGUUUACGAGCAAACAUAGCUAGCGAAUGUUAAUUAACGUUACCUAACACAUCUUGCUAGCUAGCUAUGUAGGUUGCUAGUUAACUAUUUAACAGAUUGUUAAACCAGUUAGGUAGCCAACAUCAUUAACACACCAAGAUAGCUAGCUAACGUUAGCUAGCUACACUGUUUAUUGUAAUGUUGCUAGUUAACGUUAGCUACCUAACCACACAAGAACAACACGUAACUAGUAGUGGACGUUGGCUUGGGACCUAACUAGGAAGCUAGCUAGCUGGAUGGAUUAGCUAGGUUAUUGCAGUGCUGACUGUUCUGUAAUGAACUCAUGCAAUCAAUGGCCAACACCCAUAACAUAGCUCGUUUACCAGGUAACGUUAGUAAUUCAUUGAUAGCUAUAGACGUUCAUAGCUAGUGUAGUGAGACAAAUAUUUCGUUUACAAUAGUCACCUAUUUUUGCAGACUGGUCGCAUAGACUAGAGGUAACAUAGUAAACGUAAACUCGGGACAGCCAAAUUAGUAUGAUACCUACAGUAAGUUUACAGUCAAAAGUUGACACUGACUCAUUCCAGGGUUUUUCUUUAUUUUACUAUUUUCUACAUAGUGGAAUAAUAGUGGAGACAUCAAAACUAUGACGUAACACAUAUGGAAUGAUUUAGUAACCAAAAAAAUGGUUAAACAAAUCAAAAUAUAUUUUAGAUUCUUCAAAGUAGCCACUCUAUGCCUUGACAGCGUUGCAUUCUCUCAACCAGCUUCACCUGGAAUGCUUUUCCAACAGACUUGAAGGAGUUACCACAUAUGCUAAGCACUUGUUGGCUGCUUUUCCUUCACUCUGCAGUCCAACUCAUCACAAACCAUCUCAGUUGGGUUGAGGUCGGGUGAUAAUGGAGGCCAGGUCCUCUGAUGCAGCACUCCAUCACUCUCCUUCUUGGUCAAAUAGCCCUUAAACAUCCUGGAGGUGUGUUGGGUCAUUGUCCAGUUGAAAAACAAAUGAUAGUCCCACUAAGCGCAUACCAGAUGGGAUGGCAUAUCGCUGCAGAAUUCUGUGGUAGUCAUGCUGGUUAAGUGUGCCUUGAAUUCUAAAGAAAUCAAAGACAGUGUCACCAGCAAAGCACCAUCACACCACCACCUCCAUGCUUCAUGGUGGGAACCACACAUGCAGAGAUCAUCCGUUAACCUACUUUGUCUCACACAAAGACACGGCGGUUGGAACCACAAAUCUCAAAUUUGGGCUCAUCAGACCAAAGGACAGAUUUCCACCGGUCUAAUGUCCAUUCCAAUGUCCAUUCCUCGUGUAUCUUGGACCAAGCAAGUCUCAGUCGAUGUUGAGAUGUUACUUGAACUAUGAGAAGCAUUUAUUUGGGCUGCAAUUUCUGAGGCUGGUAAAUAAUGAAUUUAUCUUCUGGGUCUUCCUUUCCUGUGGCGGUCCUCAUGAGAGCCAGUUUCAUCAUAGCGCUAGAUGGUUUUUGUGACUUCACUUGAACUUUCAAAGUUCUUAAAUUUUCCGGAUUGACUGACCUACAUGUCUUAAAGACAUGAUGGACUGUCGUUCAUCUUUGCUUAUUUGAGCUGUUAAAAAAAAAUAGGUUAGUCAGUUAAGAACAAAUUCUUAUUUCCAAUGACGGCCUACACUGGCCAAACCAGGACGAUGCUGGGCCACUUGUGUGCCGCCCUAUGGGACCCCCAAUCACAGCCGGUUGUGAUACAGCCUGGAUUCGAACCAGGGUGUCUGUAGUGACACCUCUAGCACUAAGAUGCAGUGUCUUAGACCGCUGUGCCACUUCAUGUCUUAAAGUUAUGAUUGACUGUCGUUUCUCUUUGCUUAUUUGAGCUGUGCUUGCCAUAAUAUGGACUUGGUCUUAUACCAAAUAAAGCUAUCUUCUGUAUACCACCCAUACCUGGUCACAACACAACUGAUUGGCUCAAAAGUAUUAAGAAGGAAAUUUCACAAAUUAACUUUUAAAAAGGCACACCUGUUAAUUGAAAUGCCUUCCAGGUGACUACCUUAUGAAGCUGGUUGAGAGAAUGCCAAGUGUGCAAAGCUGUCAAGGCAAAGGGUUACUUUUUAAGAAUCUUUAAUAUAAACAUUUUUGGAUUCAAUAUGUUAUUUCAUAGUUUGUCUUCACUAUUAUUCUACAAUGUAGAAAAUAAUAAAAACAAUUAAGAAAAACCCUGGAAUGAGUAGUUGUGUCCAAACUUUUGACUGGUACUGUAUAUAAACAAAAGUUAUUGGAUUCGGCAAUUUCAGCCACACCUGUUGCCGAUCACACAGCCAUACAAUCUCCAUAGAAAACAUUGGCAGUAUAAUGGCCUAACUGAAGAGCUCUCAACGUAGCCCCGUCAUAGGAUUCCGGCUUUCCAACAAGUCAGUAAGUCAAAUUUCUGCCCUGCUAGAGCUCCCCAGGUCAAUUGUAAGGGCUGUUAUUGUAAAGUGGAAACGUAUAGGAGCAACAACUGCUCAGCCGCGAAGUGGUAGGCCACACAAGAUCACAAAGUGCUGAAGUGCGUAUCGUGUUUAAAUCGUCUGUCCUCGGUUGCAACACGCACUACCACGUUCCAAACUGCCUCUGGAAGCAACUUUAGCACAAUAACUGUUUGUCAGGAGCUUCAUGAAAUGGGUUUCCGUAGCAGAGCAGCCACACACAAGCCUGAGAUCAUCAUGCACAAUGCCAAACUUUGGCUGUAAAGCUUGCUGCCAUUGGAUUCUGGAACAGUGGAAACGCAUUCUCUGGAGUGAUGAAUCACGCUUCACCAUCUGGCAGUCCGACAGACAUCUGGUUUUUGCGGCUCCCAGCAUAAUGCUACCUGCCCGACUGCUUCGUGGCAACUGUAAAGUUUGCUGGAUGAAUAAUGGUCUUUGGCUUUUUUUCAAUGUUCGGGCUUGUCUUCUUAGUUCCAGUGAAGGGAAAUAUUAAUGGUACAGCAUACAAUGAGAUUCUGACGAUUCUGUGCUUCCAACUUUGUGGCAACAGUUUGGGGAAGGCCCUUUUCCUGUUUCGGCAUGACAGUGCCCCAGUGCACAAAGCGCGGUCCAUACACAAAUGGUUGGUCGAGAUCGGUGUGGAAGAACUUGACUGGCCUGCACAGAGCCCUGAGCUCAACCCCAUUGAACACCUUUGGUAUUAAUUGAAAUGCUGACUGCGAGCCAGGCCUAAUCGCCCAACAUCCAGUGCCCGACCUCACUAAUGCUGUUGUGGCUGAAUGGACGCAAUUCCCCACAGCAAUGUUUCAACAUCUAGUGGAAAGCCUAUCCAGAAGAGUGGAGGCUGUUAUAGCAUGGGGACACAAUGGGUGCGUUUUUGGACAAGCCAAAGAUGGAGAAGCACAAUGCUCAUGGUGAGGGGAACCGUCUGACCUAUGGCCUGAGCAGCAUGCAGGGCUGGAGGGUGGAGAUGGAGGAUGCCCACACGGCAGUCAUUGGCCUGCCUCAUGGGCUCGACCCUUGGGCCUUCUUUGCGGUUUAUGAUGGGCAUGCUGGCUCCCAGGUGGCUAAAUACUGCUGUGGGCACCUUCUGGAGCACAUCACCAGCAACCCAGACUUCCAGAGUGCUCUGGAGCCGGAACCCAACGUAGAGAGUGUGAAGACCGGCAUCCGCACAGGUUUCCUGCAGAUUGACGAGCAUAUGCGGUCCAUCUCUGAGAAGAAGCACGGUGUGGACCGCAGCGGCUCCACCGCGGUGGGGGUCAUGAUUUCCCCAGGUCACAUCUACUUCAUCAACUGUGGAGACUCCCGGGGUCUUCUUAGCCGUGGAGGAGCUGUGCACUUCUUCACACAGGACCACAAGCCCAGCAACCCACUAGAGAAGGAGAGGAUCCAGAACGCAGGUGGCUCUGUCAUGAUCCAGCGAGUGAAUGGCUCUCUGGCAGUGUCCCGGGCACUGGGAGACUUUGACUACAAGUGUGUGCAUGGCAAGGGCCCCACAGAGCAGCUUGUUUCACCAGAGCCUGAGGUGUAUGCCAUUGAAAGGUCUGAGGUGGAAGAUGAGUUCAUCGUCCUAGCCUGCGACGGCAUCUGGGAUGUCAUGGCCAAUGAGGAACUUUGUAACUUUGUCAGGUCCAGGCUUGAGGUGACCGAUGACCUUGAGAGAGUCUGCAAUGAAAUUGUUGACACUUGCUUGUACAAGGGGAGUCGGGACAAUAUGAGUGCUGUGCUGAUCUGCCUCCCAGGGGCUCCAAAGGUGACUGCAGAAGCUGUGAAAAGGGAAGCGGAGCUGGAUAAGUACCUGGAAAGCAGAGUAGAAGAGAUCAUAAAGAAGCAGGGAAACGAAGGGGUUCCAGACUUGGUCCACGUGAUGCGGACGUUAGCAUUGGAGAGCAUCCCUAACCUCCCUCCUGGGGGAGAGCUGGCCAGCAAACGAAGCGUUAUUGAAGCAGUGUACAACAAACUCAACCCAUACCGAGGUGAUGACACAGCCCUGGCAGAGCUGUGCAGAUCCAGGACAGCUAAGCCCUGGAGGAAUACGCAGAUUCAAAGAGGAGUCAUUAAUUUGCUUUCUAAUGGUCAUGAUCUUUUCCUCAAAGAAGUUCAUGAAUUUAUUACUGCUGAAGUGAAAGCUAUCCUCUCUUGGGGAAUGCUGCUUUUUAGUUAGCUUUGCAACAGUAUCAAAAAUAAAUUUUGGAUUGUUCUUAUUUUCCUCGAUUAAGUUGGAAAAGUAGGAUGAUCGAGCAGCAGUGAGGGCUCUUCGGUACUGCACGGUACUGUCUUUCCAAGCUAGUCGGAAGACUUCCAGUUUGGUGUGGCGCCAUUUCCGUUCCAAUUUUCUGGAAGCUUGCUUCAAAGCUCGGGUAUUUUCUGUAUACCAGGGAGCUAGUUUCUUAUGACAAAUCAUUUUCGUUUUUAGGGGUGCAACUGCAUCUAGGGUAUUGCGCAAGGUUAAAUUGAGUUCCUCAGUUAGGUGGUUAACUGUUUUUUGUCCUCUGACGUCCUUGGGUAGGCAGAAGGAGUCUGGAAGGGCAUCAAGGAAUUUUUGUGUUGUCUGAGAAUUUAUAGCACGACUUUUGAUGCUCCUUGGUUGGGGUCUGAGCAGAUUCUUUGUUGCGAUUGCAAACGUAAUAAAAUGGUGGUCCGAUAGUCCAGGAUUAUGUGGAAAAACAUUAAGAUCUACAACAUUUAUUCCAUGGGACAAAACUCGGUCCAGAGUAUGACUGUGGCAGUGAGUAGAUCCAGAGACAUGUUGGACAAAACCCACUGAGUCGAUGAUGGCUCCGAAAGACUUUUGUAGUGGGUCUGUGGACUUCUCCAUAUGAAUAUUAAAAUCACCAAAAAUUUGAAUAUGAUCUGCUAUGACUACAAGGUCUGAUAGGAAUUCAGGGAACUCAGAGAGGAAUGCUGUAUAUGGCCCAGGAGGCCUGUAAACAGUAGCUAUAAAAAGUGAUUGAGUAGGCUGCAUAGAUUUCAUGACUAGAAGCUCAAAAGACGAAAACGUCAUUUAUUUAUUUUGUAAAUUGAAAUUUGCUAUCGUAAAUGUUAGCAACACCUCCGCCUUUGCGGGAUGCACGGGGGAUAUGGUCACUAGUGUAACCAGGAGGUGAGGCCUCAUUUAACACAGUAAAUUCAUCAGGCUUAAGCCAUGUUUCAGUCAGGCCAAUCACAUCAAGAUUAUGAUCAGUGAUUAGUUCAUUGACUAUGACUGCCUUUGAAGUGAGGGAUCUAACAAUAAGUAACCCUAUUUUGAGAUGUGAGGUAUCACGAUCUCUUUCAAUAAUGGCAGGAAUGGAGGAGGUCUUUAUCCUAGUGAGAUUGCUAAGGCGAACACCGCCAUGUUUAGUUUUGCCCAACCUAGGUCGAGCCACAGACACAGUCUCAAUGGGGAUGGCUGAGCUGACUACACUGACUGUGCUAUUGGCAGACUCCACUAAGCUGGCAGGUUGGCUAACAGCCUGCUGCCUGGCCUGCACCCUAUUUCAUUGUGGAGCUAGGGGAGUUAGAGCCCUAUCUAUGUUAGUAGAUAAGAUGAGAGCACCCCUCCAGCUAGGAUGGAGUCCGUCACUCCUCAGCAGGUCAGGCACUCCCCCCAAUAAAGGAGUGAUUCUGCAGGUGGGGAUCACAGACCACUUCUCAGUUCCUAUGCUUCCUGGCUGAUGUUUUGGUCACUUUUCAAUGCUGGCGGUGCUCUCACUAUAGUGGUAGCAUGAGACGGAGUCUACAACCCACACAAGUGGCUCAGGUAGUGCAGUUCAUCCAGGAUGGCACAUCAAUGCGGGCUGUGGCAAAAAGGUUUGCUGUGUCUGUCACCGUAGUGUCCAGAGCAUGGAGGCGCUACCAGGAGACAGGCCAGUACAUCAGGAGACGUGGAGGAGGCCGUAGGAGGGCAACAACCCAGCAGCAGGACCGCUUCCUCCGCCUUUGUGCAAGGAGGUGCACUGCCAGCGCCCUGCAAAAUG